AUGUCGGAUACUUUGCGACAAUGGGCGCGAGACCUGCGAAGACGACUAGGAUAUCGAGCGAUCUCGAGAGCGGAAAGAAAAGAGCCCGAAUUGCCAUACCUUCCUGAACGUUCGCCUGUUCCGUGGACUACGCCAGAGGACAGCACAAAUGGAACGGCCGGUAGCGCGUUGUUCACACGGCUGCCACCAGAGAUCCGCCAUACAAUCCUUGUCAUCGCGUUUGGAGGCCGCACGUUGCACAUGAGCCUGCGGCUCGGCGCACCACUGCUGCCGCGAUCGAAGCGGCCACUCCUUGCCAAUGCUCUGCAAUGCAUGCCCCACGGCGGCAUCACCGCCGCUAUCGAGGUUGGGGUUUGGCCCAAUGAGGUGAUGGAUGCUGCACGACGCGUGCGGGAGGCCACGCCGGGAACCAAGCCUGUCUGGCAAUGGUACACCGAAGGAAUACAAGUCCUGUACGGUACAAACACGCUGUUCAUAGAGGGCGGUCCGCUCAUCGCAACACUGCUCCAAGCAUCGUCGCUGGUGUUGGGCAGCGCUCUCUCCCGUCGCAUUCUCGUGCCGCCUCGUCAGAUGGCGCUGCUAACAAAGUUGGAACUGGUCUGGCAAUGGACGCUGUUUAUGCGGCCCGAUCAGGUCAAGGCGCAAUCCGCCAAUCGGUCAGAAAUGGCACGAAGCUUUGACCUGCUGCCGCGGACAUUUCCACACCUGCUUACCCUCUAUAUCUCUUACCUGGACGGGCUCUACGAUAGGUCUGUGCGGCCCGAAGAGUAUGAGGCCGAAAUCGAGCAGGAAUUAUUCCUGCCCCUGCAUCAAAUGGCCUGUCGGUUUGGCAGACUGGGAAAGUGUAUCGUAGAGAUUCCAACAGUCGUGUUCCAGCCACUCCUGGCAAGGGCAAAGAAAGGCGGAAACGAAAUCGACCAGGGACACUCGUAUCACGACGUUCGGUUCUGGUGGCAACCGGAACCGAUGCAAACAGGGAAAGUCGGACUCUGGGUCAAGUCGGGCAUCGAGGGCAAUCUCUUCUUCGAUCACAAGGGUGAGGCGAGAACCCGUAAUACGCAGCUUAGCAUAUUGUUUUAA